AUGAAGUGCGUGGUCCUCCUGGUCCUGGGGAUGCUGGGGGUCCAGCACUGCAACGCUGAUGACGGGGUGACUCUCUUCGACCGUGGGUACCGCACGCUCUUCAGGGUGUACGAAGAGUGCCAGCUGCGCAACUCGGCGGUGUCGCCGUGUCUGAAGAAAAAGGCUAUCGCGUUCUUUGAGAGGCUGGGCAGGAUCGAGGUGCUGCCCAUCUCGGAGAACAUGGAGCUGGUCAGGGUGGAGGCGCCUGGGGAUGCUGGGGUCCCCAAAAUGGCAGAUUUGGAGGUCUUGGGCAGGACCGGGGGCGCCUCCAGGGACGAUCUUCUCAACGAGGUCCUCUUCGACAGGGUCGCGUCCCUCCUGAAUGGCUUCAACGUUCAGAUCAGCUUGCCCAAGAUGACUUCUGGGGAGCUGAAGCGCAGCGUUGAGGAGGGCCGGGGCAAGAUGAAGAAGAUGAUGGGCAUGAUGAUGAUGGGGAUCGCCAUGAAGAUGGCCGCGAUGAUCCCCAUCGCUAUUGGCGUGCUGUUCUUGCUGGCUGGGAAGGCGCUUAUCAUCAGCAAGAUCGCUCUGGUGCUGUCGCUCAUCAUCGGCCUGAAGAAGCUGCUCAGCCAGAAGCAGAGUGGCCAUGAUUCCCAUCAUGGCUGGCAGCAGAGUAGUGGAGGAUGGGACAGGAGCUUCAAGAAGUCCCUGGACUCUUCUCUUCCUGGGAUGGCCACCCAGGAUAAUCAGGAGUACGCCCAAAACCUCGCGUACAGCGCAAGAAGCGCCGAACUGAGACAACAGCAACAAUAG